UCAAAUCACAACCAUGGCUGGCAGCGGUUUCUUUUCUUCGUCGGGCGAAGAGAGAGCAUGAUUCGAUGAAAGAAAAAGUCUGCAGAUUUCAUAAAACUAUAAUAUAAAAGAUAAUGUCUGCCCUGUUCGAAUCCUUUGACGAAACUAACUUGUCAGAUAAUUAUUAUAUAUUUGCUCCAUUCACUUCAUUGGUUGCCUCUCUCUCUCUCUCUCUGAAAGAAUGGAUACAGGAACUGUCGAACUUGUCUGAAACAGACGACCUGAUAAAACUGUAAGACCCGGAGGAGGCCGGGGAGGUAUGAUCGAAGCUUUGCUCGUCGGGGUUGCGAUCAAAGGGGACAACAACAAAAGCAAAGGCCUUGUCCGAUGGGCGAUUCAACAGUUUGCUUCGCGAAAACACCUUGUCUUCAAGCUGUUUCAUGUCCAAGAAAGAAUCACUUCCCUUCCCACGCCGCAUGGAAUCUCGAUACCCAUUUCGAGCGUUCCAGAAGAGGUAGAAGCGGUUUAUAAGAGCGAUCUGAACCGGAAGACGAGGGAGAUGCUUAAUCCUUACGUAGACAUGUUUGCCCGAAAAGAGGUUCGGUCCGAGAUAGUUGUGAUCGAAUCAGACGAUACGGUGGAUGCCAUUUCCAGAGCUGUUGAAGAGCACGGAAUCAACGAGCUGAUCGUCGGGGCUUCCUCCUAUAGCAUCUUUUCAUGUCUCUGUCUUUGCAGGAGGCGGAAGAGAAGCAACUUGUCCUCGAAGAUCUUGGACUGUUCGCCAAGGUUCUGCACCGUACACAUCAUUUCUAGAGGAAGACUCCUGUCAGUACGCCCGUCUGAUAAAGAACAGGAAGCUGCUGUUUCAGACAGUAGAAGCGAAGAAGAACGUGUUUCUGCAGAUUGUCAAACAGUAGGCUCAGCUAGCGAGCCGCCGUCUUUACUCAUCCAAAGACUUCAGGCUCUUUCAAACGUGAACCAGACGCUCGGAAACCAUGGCAGAGCCCUGUCAUUAGACGAGGAUGACGAAUCGAAGAAGAAGCAUUGUCCGAAGGGCUUUAACUGUACCAGCAGUUCAGGACAAGGGUACACAACAAGUGAUGUUUCGAGUAGGAGUCGCCUGCAGAUGGAAACCCGAACUUCGUUUUCGGGUCAGGGUUCCAGUUCUAGUGGCUACACUGAUUCUUCUUCAUUCGUUAGGCAGAUGCAAGAUUUGGACAGAGAUUCCCCGGCCAAGGAGAAGGAGAAGCAAGAAGAAGCGAGAAAGAUGCCCGAAUUUGAUCCUCAGUACAUGAUUUUCGAAUGGGAAGAAAUCGUUGAGGCAACAUCUUCAUUCUCGGAUGAUCUCAAUGUGGGAAUGGGAGCGUACGGAAACGUCUACAAAUGUUGCUUGCACCACACGGAUGUCGCUGUUAAGGUUCUUCACCCCGACAAAACCGGUCUCAUCAAGCAGUUCCAGCAAGAGCUGGAGAUACUCAGCAAGAUCCGGCACCCGCAUUUGCUCCUCCUCCUCGGCGCAUGCCCUGAACGCGGUUGCCUAAUCUACGAGUUCAUGCACAAUGGCAGCCUCGAAGAACUGCUCUUCCUCGGCCACGGCGGCUCCAACCGCCAAACGCUGCCUCCAUUACCGUGGUUUGACCGCUUCCGAAUCGCGAGCGAAAUCGCGUCUGCCCUCUACUUUCUCCACAGCACCAGACCGAAACCGAUCGUCCACCGCGACCUCAAGCCCGCGAACAUCCUCCUGGACCGAAACUUCGUCAGCAAGAUCGGCGACGUGGGACUGUCCAAGAUGCUAAACGUCGACCCUUAUCAUGGCUCGACUCUCUUCAACCAGACCGGACCGGUGGGGACGUUCUUUUACAUCGACCCGGAAUACCAAAGGACCGGUUUGGUUUCGACGGAAUCCGACGUCUACGCCUUCGGAAUCAUACUUCUGCAGCUGGUUACGGCUAAACCGGCCAUGGCUUUGGCUCAUGCCGUGGAGAAGGCCAUGAGAGAGGGGAAGUUUGCCGAGAUGGUGGAUGCGACGGCAGGGGAUUGGCCGGAGGAGGAUAUGACGGAGAUCGUGAAAUUAGGGUUGAGAUGCACAGAGCUGCGACGGAGAGACCGCCCCAAUCUCGGGCAGGAAAUUAUCCCGGCUCUUGAACGGUUGAAGAACGUUGCUUGCAUGGCAAGAAACGUGGUGGCUCCCAAAACCCUAAUCGACCCUCCCAGCCACUUCCUCUGCCCCCUACGAAAGGAUAUAAUGGAGGAUCCGUGCGUUGCCGCCGACGGAUAUACGUACGACCGGAGAGGGAUCGAGGAAUGGCUUCAAGGCAACGAUAAAUCUCCAAUGACGGAUUUGCCCUUUCCCGAUAAAACCCUUCUCCCCAGUCAUUCCCUCCUCUCUGCAAUCAAGGAAUGGAGAUCCACCGUCCAUUAAUAAAUUGUUCAUUUUCACAUGUUUAUUUUGUUUUACUUUAAAUUUGCCCUCGUUUUGGUUUAUUGUAUAUAUGUUCUGGUGAAUAACAUUUUAUUUAAAUAAAUAUAUAUAUAUAGAGAGAGAGAGAGAGAGGACCAUGAAAUGAAAGUGACGA